AAGAUGGAGAUGCAACUUUGACGAUUUUCGACAUCACAGAGCAGAUGGAACCAUAUCCCAUCAUCAUAAAACUCGUCACAGGUACACAAGGUAUGGGCGUAAUUCUGGCAGAGAACAAAGCAAAUGCAGAAUCUAUCCUGGAAGCUUUUCACACAACGAAGGAAAAGGUCAUCAUGCAGAAAUUUAUAAAGGAAGCAAAAGGUGCAGAUAUCCGAGCAUUUGUAGUCAAUGGUGAGAUCGUAGGUGCUAUGAAGCGUCAAGCGCGUCCG